CCCGCGGCGGCCCGUGCGGUUGGCGGCCGGGAAACCCCUCGGAGGAGCGCCGAGGCGGGGGCGCCGCAGCCGCCAUAGCGACCGGGCCGGGACGGGCCGGGGGGCGCCGCCGCCGCCGCGCGGGGCCGGGAGCGGAGCGCAGCGGGGCCGGGGCCGAGCCGAGCGGCGGGGAGCAGCCGGGGGGGUGCCGAGGCCGCCGCGGCCCAGCUCGAUCGCGAGGGCCGGAGUCGUCGCGGGGCGGGGGCGGGGGCCGGGGCCUGGCGGCGCCGCCGCCGCCAUGGAGCGCUGAGGCCUCCGCCCGCCCAGCCCGGCCCAGGCCGCGCGGCCUGCCCAUGGCGGAGCGGCGCGGGCCCUGAGCGCCGCCCGAGCCCAGCCGCCUCCGGUCGCCGCCGGCCCGCGCUGCCCGGCGCUGCGCAGCCCUGCCCCGCCUGGCCGCGGGGCCGCACCCGGCGUCGAGGCCGUGCCGCCGCCGCCGUCCCGCAGCGGGCGCCGCCCGGCCCCAGCCAUGUCGUGCGUGCACUACAAGUUCUCGUCCAAGCUCAACUAUGACACGGUCACCUUCGACGGCCUCCACAUCUCCCUGUGCGACCUCAAGCGCCAGAUCAUGGCCCGCGAGAAGCUGAAGGCGGCCGACUGCGACCUGCAGAUCACCAACGCCCAGACCAAAGAAGAAUACACAGACGAUAAUGCCCUGAUCCCUAAGAACUCAUCAGUAAUUGUUAGAAGAAUCCCUAUUGGAGGAGUUAAAGCUACCAGCAAAACAUACGUUAUAAGUCGAACUGAACCAGUGAGUGGAACAUCAAAAGCAAUUGAUGACUCUUCUGCAUCUAUUUCUCUGGCCCAGCUUACUAAGACUGCCAAUCUGGCUGAAGCCAAUGCUUCCGAAGAAGAUAAAAUAAAAGCUAUGAUGUCACAGUCUGGCCAUGAAUAUGAUCCAAUCAAUUACAUGAAGAAACCCUUGGGUCCACCUCCACCAUCAUAUACUUGCUUUCGUUGUGGAAAACCUGGCCACUAUAUCAAGAACUGCCCAACAAAUGGGGACAAAAAUUUUGAGUCUGUUCCCAGGAUUAAAAAGAGCACAGGAAUUCCCAGAAGUUUCAUGAUGGAAGUGAAAGAUCCUAACACAAAGGGUGCUAUGCUAACAAACACUGGAAAAUACGCAAUACCAACAAUUGAUGCGGAAGCUUAUGCUAUAGGAAAGAAAGAGAAGCCUCCUUUCUUGCCAGAGGAUCCAUCCUCCUCCUCUGAAGAAGAUGAUCCUAUUCCAGAUGAGUUGUUGUGUCUGAUUUGUAAAGAUAUAAUGACAGAUGCGGUUGUUAUUCCCUGCUGUGGAAACAGUUACUGUGAUGAAUGUAUCAGAACAGCAUUACUGGAAUCUGAGGAACAUACAUGCCCAACAUGUCAUCAAACAGAUGUGUCUCCUGAUGCUUUAAUUGCCAACAAGUUCUUACGCCAGGCUGUGAACAACUUCAAAAAUGAAACUGGCUACACAAAAAGACUCCGUAAGAUUCAGCAGCAACAACAGCAGCAGCCACCACCACCACCACCACCUCCACCACCACUAAUGAGACAAACAAUAACACGCAACUUGCAGCCUCUAAUGAGGCCAACAAUUUCCAGACAGCAAGAUCCACUAAUGAUUCCAUUAGCUUCUCUGUCUUCUCAUUCUGCUGCUUUGGCCCCUGGUCAGCCUGUGGCAGCUGGGCUGCCAGUAAAUCCGUCUUCUGUCAUUGUCUCUGAUCUCCCUCCAGCAGUGUCCCUGUCUCUCCGCGCUGAAAAGCCAGAUGGACCUUUUCACGAUGCAGAUGCUGUUAUACCUCCUGCUCUGAUGACUGCCGCUGAACUUUCUAAAUCUUCCCCUCUGUCAAUCAGCAGUUUGUUGGAAGAAAAGGGCUAUCAGGUUCCUGUACUAAGACAACCAGCAUUACAAAGUCUUCUGGGUCCACAAGGACAAUCAAUACCCACAACUGGUCAUCCCAUGAGAGCCGGUGCAAUUCGCUCAGCAGGCGGCAGGCCAGGUUGGGAACUAAGUACAAAUCGAGGACGCCCGCAUAGUGAACGUACACAAAGGACUCAGGCCCCAACACUGCCAGCAUCAGCACCAGUCUUUGUGCCUGUGCCUCCACCUCCCUUGUAUCCUCCACCUCCCCAUGCACUUCCUCUUCCACCGGGGGUACCACCACCACAGUUUCCUCCUCAGUUUCCACCUGGUCAGCCUCCAUCAGCUGGGUACCCUGUCCCCCCUCCAGGAUAUCCCCCAGCUCCUGCAAACAUGUCAUCAGCUUGGGUACCAACAGCAGUACCAACGGCUCAUUCAAAUGCCAUCCCAACGACACAAGCACCUCCUUUAUCUAGGGAGGAGUUUUACAGAGAACAACGGAGACUUAAAGAGGAGGAAAAGAAAAAGUCCAAACUUGAUGAGUUUACAAAUGAUUUUGCUAAGGAAUUGAUGGAAUAUAAAAAGAUUCAAAAGGAGCGUAGGCGUUCGUUUUCCAGGUCCAAGUCUCCCUAUAGUGCUUCAUCUUACUCUAGAAGUUCAUAUACCUACUCCAAGUCAAGAUCAGGUUCUUCCCGCUCCCGCUCCUACUCUCGAUCGUUUAGUCGUUCCCAUUCUCGUUCCUACUCGCGAUCUCCUCCGUAUCCAAGAAGAGGCAAAGGGAAGAGUCGUAACUAUCGGUCUAGGUCAAGGUCACAUGGUUAUCACCGUUCAAGGUCAAGGUCACCCCCAUACAGAAGAUACCAUUCUCGGUCUAGGUCUCCAGUAUUUCGAGGCCAGUCUCCCACUAAACGGACUAUACCGCAAGGGGAAGGAGAAAGGGAGUAUUUUAACAGAUACAGAGAAGUUCCACCGUAUGAUAUAAAAGCUUACUAUGGCAGAUCUGUUGACUUCAGAGAUCCUUUUGAAAAGGAAAGAUACAGAGAAUGGGAAAGGAACUAUAGAGAAUGGUAUGAAAAGUUCUACAAGGGCUAUGCUGUUGGUGCUCAACCUCGACCUCCAGUAAACAGAGAGAACUUUUCUCCAGAUAGGUUUGGUCCACCUGGAACCAGACGAGAGAAUUCACCAUAUGCUCGGGGACGUAGGGAGGAUUAUGCUGGUGGGCAGAGCCAUAGAAAUCGUAAUAUAGCUGGAAAUUACCCUGAAAAACUUUCAGGAAGAGAGGGCCAUGGUAUAAAAGAUCCUACAAAAUCAAAAGAGAAGGAGGUUGAAAAUCCACUGGGAGAUGGCAAAGGAAAUAAACAUAAAAAACACCGGAAGAGGAGAAAAGGGGAUGAGAAUGAAGGAUUUCCCACUUCUGAGUUGUUAGACAGUGCAAGAAAACCAAGAGAACCAGGUACAGCGGAAGAUGUUAAAACAGAUUCUCUGUUCAUGCUUCCAAGUAGAGAUGAUGCCACACCUGUGAGAGAUGAACCUAUGGAAGCAGAUUCUAUUGCUUUCAAACCAGUGUCUGAAAAGGAGAAAAAAGAGAAGGAUAAGCCAAAAGCAAAAGUUGACAAGGCAAAACGGAAAGCAGAAGUGGCUGCUCCUCCUAAAAAAGACAAUGCAAUAAAACCAGCUAAAUCUUCCCAAGAGAAGGUGGACACCGAUCGUGAAAAAUCGCCUCGAAUUGAACCUCCUGUGAAAAAAGUGAAGGAAGAGUUGCCAAAAGCAGACAGCGUUAAAACUUCUUCCUCUCAAAAGGAUGAGAAGGCUACUGGUACACCACGGAAAGUUCAUCCAAAAGCGACAAAGGAUCACCCAGAAACCAGACCAGCCAAGGAAGAAAAGACAAAGAAGGACCAUACAAAAGAAAUCAAGUCAGAGAAACCCUCCAGCAAAGAGGACAAGUCAAAAAAAGCUGUUGAAAAAGGCAAAACUUCUGAUGCAAAAGCUGAAAAAAGAAAAAGAAAAGCAGAUGAAAAGGUUGAUAAAGAACAUGAAGCAACUUCGAUAAAGGCCUCUAAACCAGAAAGUGCUGAAUCAAAAACAUCACCGAAGGGAAAAACUGAACCUGAUGGUGAAAAAGGAGAGAGAACUCCAGAAAAGGAUAAAUCUGCUUUUCUUACCACUCCUGCAAAAAAGAUUAAACUUAACCGAGAAACUGGCAAAAAGAUUGUGAGUGGAGAAAAUGUGCCACCUGUGAAAGAACCCGUUGAGAAAGCUGAGCCAAGCAGCAGCAAAGCUAAACAAGAAAAAGUGAAAGGAAAAGCGAGAAGAAAAGUAACAGCAGCUGAUGGAUCUGGUUCAACUCUUGUAGAUUAUACCAGUACAAGUUCUACUGGAGGAAGCCCUGUUAGAAAGUCUGAAGAGAAGCCAGAUACAAAACGAACUGUCAUCAAGACAAUGGAGGAGUAUAAUAAUGAUAUAACUGCCCCUGCUGAAGAUGUCAUUAUUAUGAUCCAGGUUCCUCAGUCAAAGUGGGAUAAGGAUGACUUUGAGUCUGAAGAGGAAGACAUUAAAUCUACCCAGCCACCUUCAAACAUAGGAAAACCUGCUAGUGUUGUAAAAAAUGUGAGUAGUAAGCCUCCAAAUCCUGUAAAACACAACGAAAAAGAGACUGAGCCUUUGGAGAAAACACAGAAAACUGCAAAAGAGUUGAGUUAUGAAAGCUCCCAGCAUGAUGCAAAAAGUUCAAAAAGUUUGAUGUCAAAUGAAAAAGGGAAAACCAAAGAGCGAGAUCAUUCUGUGUCAGACAAAGACGCUUCUGAGAAAAGAAAGAGCAGUAUUCAGCCAGAAAAAGACCACUCAGAACGUGCAACUGAACAAGGAAAUGGAAAAAAUAUUUCUCAAUCUUCCAAAGACAGCAGAUCUUCAGACAAACAUGAUUCUGGCCGUGGAUCCACUGCUAAAGACUUUACUCCUAACCGAGACAAAAAAUCUGACCAUGAUAGCAACAGAGAGCAUUCUAGUUCCAAGCGUAGAGAUGAAAAAAGUGAAUUAGCAAGGAGAAAAGACUCCCCUUCUCGAAACAGAGAAUCUACAUCAGGACAAAAAAGUAAACCAAGAGAUGAACGAGCAGAGUCCUCCAAAAAGGGCACUGGAGAUUCCAAAAGGAGCAGCUACAGUCCUCCACGUGACCGAAAGCAGUCAGAUCACAAAACUACUCAUGAUUCCAAGCGUUCAUUAGAGGAGCACAAACCUCUAGAUAAAAAUUCAGGGAAGGAGAAAGAAAAGCACGUGUCUGAAAUAACGAGCAAUAAAGAGUUGGGUUGCAAUAAGCCACCUUUGAUACAAGAAUCACCAGAUGCAAAAAAUGAGAAAGAAAACAUGACUGGACAAAAUGAUAAAACUGGUGUCAAGCCUAAGCCUCAGGUAAGCAACCCCUCACGGCUGUCUUCUGAUCCAACUCGAGAAACUGAUGAGGCUGCAUUUGUGCCAGACUACAAUGAAAGUGACAGUGAAAGUAAUGUAUCUGCAAAAGAUGAGGAAACUGCAGGAAAAAAUUCUAAAGAACCAAAAGAAAAAGCUGUUGAUAAAGUUAAAGAGGAUACAGCAGCACCUGCCACAGCUGACCAGCCUGAAGCAGGCAGAAGUCAAAGUCAGAGCAGCCCCAGUGUUAGCCGCAGUCGUAGUCAAAGCCCUUCCGAGAGUCAAACUCGAAGCCACAGCAGCAGUGCCAGCUCAGGAGAGAGUCAAGACAGCAAGAAAAAGAAAAAGAAGAAGGAGAAGAAGAAGCACAAGAAACACAAAAAACAUAAGAAGCAUAAGAAACACACUGGAAAUGAAUCAGAAUUGGAGAAAAGCCAAAAACACAAACACAAGAAGAAAAAAUCAAAGAAGAGCAAAGAUAAAGAGAAAGAUGACCAAAAAGUUAAAUCUGUCACUAUAUAGAAUGACAGAUAAGAAAAAAUUGACUUAAUUCCUAAGUCAUCUGUAUUAAAUUUUGUUAAAAUGUAAACGAAUUCAAGCGUUGUAAAUAAUGACAUGAAAGACCCUGUGCUGCACUUAAAAUAUUGCUGCUUGAUUAUUUGAUUUUUACAUCAGAGCUUUAUAAAAGUGAACAUUUUGUACAGAAUUGUGAGUUGUGACCAUGUAACAUGAAAGGUUUUGCUGGGGCAUCUUAUUUUUAACCACCAUUAAUUAGUUUGGGUGGAGUUUACUGUACUGUGAAAAUUUUCACAUUUGAAUUUUUUUUUAAUUGCCUGGCGGAAGAAGCUGGUAUCAGUUACGAAAUAUCUGCAGAAUGAUUUGCAGAAUACAUUACAGCCCUGUUAUGUCACUUUUUGAUUACAAUAAAAAGUUUUCAGUAAACUUUA